AUGCAUUACCGUUCCUGCCAACUGCCGUGCACAAGUCUGACGCGAAGGAAAGUGCAGCACCGUCGGACAGAUUCAGACCCAGACCCAGACCCAGUCUUGGAGGUGGCAGCUAUGGACACGCCGUCCUCUGGUUCCAGUUCCAAGUCCACGAUCCCCUCUGAGCAGGGCCAGCAGGCGAGUCGGCAGACGACCUACACCACUGUUGGCUCUAUCUUCAACCCCGAGGUCGCCAGCCAGCUACCAGCUCCUGCCCAGAGAGGUCGUGCCAAGAGGUGUCCUCCCAUCGUCUCCGACGACAUUGCUGCCCUCGACCAGUUCGUCCAGGCCAAUGCGCCUUACGAACAGCGCCAGCCCACUCCUCCGUCCACUGCUACUAUCAUGAAGGAGUAUUCCCCUCUGCAGCAGAACCGAGAACGCGCUGCCGACCCCGUUGCCGCCCUAACAUUUCAAGAGCGAAUCGCUACCGAAGCCUUGAUGAACAUGUCAAAGCCAACCACCCCUUUUCAUGAGGGGCCUCCCAGGGACAAACAUAUCCGAACUCCACAGGAUCAGGUCACACCAGUCCGAGGCGGCGGAAACGCCAGCGGCCACGAUGACCAAUGGUCCGGUAAUAUGCGCCACCACAGCGUCAAAGCUCUGACCAAUCUGGCAUCAUACCCGAAUCGUCACCAGCAGGCAGCCCAGCGAGUCCUCGAUCGCGGCCGUAAGAGUGCUCGACCUACACCUACCGGGCCUGCAGCUCACAGGGGUCGUCCUGUCACCCCCGCCUAUCACAUGCAGAACGCCAGCGGACCAGGUGGCCAAUAUUCCAGCCCUUCUAGUUCGAGUCCUUGGGGUCUUAGAGACCACAAUGAUUAUAAUCACAAUGACCACCAUCCCGCCCACGGCCACAUCAACAACACGUCCCAGCCCGGUGGCUGCUCCGGUGGGUACGGCGCGCCUCGGCCCCUGACUGCUGGUCCGCCUGGCCAGAGACAGUACAAGGCUGCCACCCUUGAGGGACCCUACCGGGCGCUGCAGACGCUUCCUCCCGUCCCGCCUCUCCCAGUCGACGAGUCUCAUUUCGAUAUAAAUCCAGAGGAACUGGUUGACUUGGCAGCCAUGGUGCGGAGCCCCGAGUACCCGAUGAAGCCUGUUGCAGCAACGAUGCCUCAACCCAGCAGCACGCACCAGCACAUGAUGCCCCCUCGGCCAGGACUAUUACAGCCAGGAAAGGCUCCGCCAGGGAUGUCACAGCCGCACAUGCCUCAGCCAGGAAUGCACCAGCCCACGAUACCUCUACCAGGAGUGCCUCAGACCACGGGACCUCCCCCAGGGCUGCCUCAUCCGGCGGCGCACCAGACAACGACGUCCCAGCCAGGAACAUUCCAACCAGCGAUGCCUCAGCCGGCAUCCCGCCCAUCCUCAUUUCAAUGUGGCCACGGAUAUGAGGACAUCAAGCAGCGCAGCUGGACGACUCCCCUACGGGAGUCUAGAGUUGCUGACCGCGUCAAACAGUACUACAACGGAGAUACCCCGCCUGGCUAUAACCCCUUGACGUGCAUUGACGCCCCCGAGGACAACUCUGACCUAAUGUCUCAGCUGCGGUCUGCAUGCAGUCGCCGUCAGCAAGUGACCGAAGAGGAGCGUCGGCGGCGGGACGCACGUCACAGGGUGGCAUUUUAUGCGGGAACGGCUGAGAUGACCAAGACCUGGGAUGAGCGAUUUGAGGAGCUCCGCCAGAGAGUUCGGAACAAGGAGCUGGGCGCCAGCGACGCGGCCACGCGCGAGGCUGCAAUUGAUGCCGCCCUCAAAUGUGACACGAUAGGCAAGCCCAAUGACUUCAACAUCGAGAUAUUCAACGACUGGCCCACCCAUGAGGUGAUCGAACCACUCCUGGGCAUGGCCUACUCGGCGCUCGGAAGAUACCUGUGUGACAGCGGUCGCCUCUCAAGCAUGCAGCAAGAGGUCAAGGACACCCAGCGGCCCGAGGAUGAUGAGAUGUGGGCCUGCACGAGAGGUUCGGACCCCUUCAUGACACCGCCAGGCCACGGCCGCCCACAGCAAGCCCAACAGACAUCCACCAACCCCCCUCAGAACAAUAAGACCUACCAACCCCGCAACGGACCCGUGAACUUCUAG